CAAAUUACAAAAACUCUUCAAUAGGAAAACAAGAGAAUCAUAACAAGGUCAUUCGAGACAUGCAAACCAUGAAAUCAUCACAUAUAGCUCUAAUAUGCAUAGUCAUCUUCUCCCUCUUCACUCUACAUGAAUGUGGGAAAAUGGAGGAUGGAGAAACAAAAAGAUCAAUGCUCAGUAUUCACAUUCCUCCGUGUAUCAAAACUUUUUGUACGAUACCAUAUAUAAGGGAUUGUUGGUGUUGUUUGAGACUACUGGACCCUAAGAAAAAGAGGCUUUGUUGGAAAGACAAGGAUUAUCCAAACGCCAAAGAGCUAUGCUACGCCGGAUGUUCAAACUAGAUUUAAAACCAUUAAAAAAAAAAAGAUUAAAACCAUUAAU